UAAAAAUCGUUCAUGAUGACCGAGAAGCUACAAAAUAGUGCAGACAAAGAAUGGUAUCAGAUAUCAGUUAUUUUAAUUGCGGCCUCGCAGGGAUUCAUCAGCGGCGCCCUCUCAGGAUGGACGUCCCCAUUUAUGGUAAAAAUAGUUGAAGAUAAAGUACAUUAUAACAUUAGAGAAGAUCAAGCAGCAUUAUUUGCUGUAGUAAACAUAAUUGGUCUAAUAAUCCUUUCACCAUUCUUAGAACCAUUUAUUGACAUUAUUGGAAGAAAAAAGGCAAUCAUUUUAACAUCUGUACCGUACAUGAUAUCUUGGUUAACAAAAGCGUUGUUUACUAAUUUAUGGGCUUUGUAUUUUGCAAGGGUAUUAGUGGGAUUGGGAGAUGCUUUGAUUAUGUGCGUGAUUCCCAUGUAUAUUGGAGAAGUUGCUACACCAAAAGUGCGUGGUAUUUGGGGAAAUGCUUUUUUUAUUUUAGUGAUAUUUGGGACUUUUAUUAUAAAUGUAAUUGGAAUCUACUGCAGCGUUAAAGUAACUUCUUACCUUUUUCUAAUAUUGCAAGUAAUAGUUUUAUUUUUAUCUGCAUUCAUUCCCGAGUCUCCAUCUUUUUAUAUAGCAAAAAAUCAACUUUCUGCAGCUAGAAUAUCACUAAUGAAGUUAAGACAAAAUGAUGAUGUUGAAGUUGAGUUUAGAAUUAUGCAGAAUGACAUAAAGCGACAACUUUCCGAAUCUGGAAAAUGGGCAGAUUUAUUUUUUAACAACGUAAACAGAAAAGCUUUGAUAAUAGCUGGAUUUUUAAGAGCUGCACAAAUACUUUCGGGACUGUGGGUUUUUGGAAGCUAUACACAAUUUGUCUUCCAGAAAGUUGGUAGCAAUAUAAGCUCUGAGGCCUCAACAAUAAUAUAUACUGCACUAAAUUUUCUUAUAUGCGCUUCUGCUGCAUAUGGUUCAAAUAAAUUCGGUCGAAGAAAGUCUUUAAUGACAUCUCUUGCAGGUUCGAGUGUAAUAUUUUUACUAGUGGGACUAUAUUUCCUUGUGGAAAAAUUGUAUCCGCAAAUCAAUCUACAUGCAAUAAAUUGGUUUCCAUUGGCGGGUCUCAUUAUUUUCUUAUUUGUGUCUUCUUUUGGAGUUGGUCCUAUUCCUGUGUUGAUGCAAGGUGAACUGUUUUCAGCGAGUAUUAAAUCUAAAGGCAUCUCGGCAGUGGUGGUGGUGUACGGAGUUCUAACUAUUACCACUAAUAGUACCUUUUACUAUCUUUAUGCAUAUAGUGGCUUAUCUGGACCAUUCUUAUUAUUCGGUAUUUGUAAUUUUAUAUCAGUUAUAGUAACAUAUUUCAUUGUACCAGAGACUAAGGGGAAGACGUUGGAAGAAAUACAGCAGUAUUUAAAAACGAUGUAGUAUCAAGUCAUGAUACUAUAACAACAAGAUAUGCUCACUUGCUGUUCUAAUUUUAAUCGACUUUGCGCAUGACGUCAUAAAGAGACAAAGCCAGGGGACUUGUAUGUAUCAUGUUUUAACGAU